AUGUGCUCUGGACACGCGGAGGUCAGUCAGGAGCUCCUCCUGACCCAGAAGCUCCGGGCAGGUGACUUGCCCCAGGUCAGGUUACCUGUCCAGGAGGAAGCCGAACAGAGCCGAGAAUGCCUUUUUUUGAUCUCCAAGACUCUUUCCAUUCGGACACAUUUUCUCAAAGAUGGAGGGAACUGUGGAGAGGGUGGGAAAGUUCGGAAGCCCUCCACCCCACCCCACCCCUUUAAUCCCAGGAUCUCUCAGUCAGUGGGGAGGUGUCGCUCACCCCUCUUGGACCUCACGCCACAUCUUCUUAUGAGGAAACUGAGGCAAAGAGCAGGCAGGGUCGGUUCAGGGGCACCGGGACGCCGGGCUGGAGAGCCAGGACUGCGGCCCGAGGGUCUUUCCAUUCUGGUCCUCGCCCGACCUGGGGACAGGGAAGCUGGACCUGAGAGUCAAGGUCGAGGUGAAGGGUGCGCAAGAGGAAAGCAUCGGGGAGAGCGGGAGCUCCCGGAGGCCUCGCAGAAAUGGACCAGGAGGGACGCCCAGGGCUCCGCUGUGCGAGGUCUGGGCUGGGAGGGAGGUGAUCCUCGCAGCAACAACUCUUCCCCUCUGGCCCCGCCCCCUGGGACGCAGCCUCUCGGGCUCCUUCCCCGGCUAAGCCCCGCCUCUUGGGUUAAGCCCUCCAGGGUUAAGCCCCGCCUCCCCAGAGAGAUGGCCUUCUCCGUUCGGCCCUGCUGGGACGGCUCCGCCCUCAGGACGUUAAGACCCGCCUCCCCGGAGAGACGACCCUCCCUGCAUGGCUCCUCUCUCAAGAUUAAGCUCCGCCUCCACCCUAUGACAGCCCCGCCCCCAACCGCUCCCAUCCUCGAGGAGGUGGUCCUCGCCUUUCGCUCCUGCCCCGCCCCUCCGGUCCCGAGGCCCGCCUCCUCCAAGAGGCAGCCCUCUCCAUUCGCCGUUUCCCGAAUGGCCCCGCCCUCUCGUUCCCGUCAGCCCUUGCGGCCGCGGCCGUUGCUUCCCUCGGCGUCCUCGCUUCCGUGGCUGCGGACGCUGAUUGGCCCCGCUCGGGCGGAAGUGGGGGUGGGCGCUGGCCCGGUUGCCGCAGUGACCGUGCUGAGGGACUGGGGAGAUGGCGGCGUCGCGUCGCUCUCAGCAUCACCACCACAACCACCACGGUGUCCACCACCCGCCGCCGCCGCCGCCGCCUCCGCUGCCGCCGCCUCUGCCUCUGCCUCUGCCGCUGCUGCCGCCGGGCGCCGCCGGAGCGGCCCCGCCGCCGCCGCCGCCGCCCUCGCUGAGCCCCGGGCCCGCGUCCCCCGCGGCCUCCCCGCGCCACGUGCCGCCGCCUCCGCCACGUCGGUGUCCUCGUGCUCCUCCUCGGCCUCCUCGUCGACCUCGUCCUCGUCGUCCUCGGCCUCCUCCUCUUCGUCGUCCCCCGGCUCGCUGGGGCCCAGCCCCUCUGACAGCCCCCCGGAGGCGGGCCCGGGGCCGGCCGUGAGCGGCGCCCUGCGCGAGCUGCUGGAGGCCUGCCGCAACGGGGACGUGGCCCGGGUGCGGAGGCUCGUGGACGCGGCCAACGUGAACGCCAAGGACCUGGCCGGCCGCAAGUCGUCCCCGCUGCACUUCGCGGCCGGUUUUGGAAGGAAGGAUGUGGUAGAACACUUACUGCAGAUGGGUGCCAAUGUCCAUGCCCGAGACGACGGUGGGCUGAUUCCUCUCCACAACGCCUGCUCCUUUGGCCACGCUGAAGUGGUCAGCCUGUUGCUGUGCCAAGGGGCAGAUCCAAAUGCCCGGGACAAUUGGAACUACACGCCUCUGCAUGAAGCAUCUAUCAAGGGCAAGAUAGACGUGUGCAUCGUUCUGCUGCAGCACGGAGCCGAUCCAAACAUCCGAAACACCGACGGGAAAUCGGCCCUCGAUCUGGCAGACCCUUCGGCAAAAGCUGUCCUCACAGGUGAAUACAAGAAGGACGAACUCCUGGAAGCGGCUAGGAGUGGUAAUGAAGAGAAACUGAUGGCUUUACUGACGCCUCUAAAUGUGAAUUGCCAUGCAAGUGAUGGGCGGAAGUCGACUCCUUUACACCUGGCUGCAGGGUACAAUCGCGUUCGGAUAGUGCAGCUUCUCCUUCAGCAUGGCGCCGAUGUUCACGCCAAAGACAAAGGUGGGCUCGUGCCUCUGCAUAACGCAUGUUCAUAUGGACAUUAUGAAGUCACCGAAUUGCUUUUAAAGCACGGAGCUUGUGUCAACGCAAUGGAUCUCUGGCAGUUCACCCCUCUUCAUGAGGCUGCCUCCAAGAACCGCGUAGAAGUUUGCUCUUUGCUGCUGAGUCACGGAGCUGAUCCCACCUUGGUCAACUGUCAUGGCAAGAGCGCGGUGGACAUGGCUCCCACGCCGGAGCUGCGGGAGAGGCUGACGUAUGAAUUUAAAGGUCACUCUUUACUCCAAGCAGCCAGAGAAGCAGACCUGGCCAAAGUCAAAAAGACGCUCGCUUUGGAGAUCAUCAACUUCAAGCAGCCCCAGUCUCACGAGACAGCUCUGCACUGCGCCGUGGCCUCCUUGCACCCCAAGCGUAAGCAAGUGACAGAGCUCUUACUGCGGAAAGGAGCGAAUGUGAAUGAGAAGAACAAAGACUUCAUGACCCCCCUGCACGUGGCAGCAGAAAGAGCUCACAACGAUGUCAUUGAGGCCUUGCACAAGCACGGAGCCAAGAUGAAUGCGCUGGACACACUUGGUCAGACGGCUUUGCACAGAGCGGCCUUGGCAGGCCACUUGCAAACUUGCCGCCUCCUGCUGAGUUAUGGCUCUGACCCCUCCAUCAUCUCCCUCCAAGGUUUUACAGCUGCCCAGAUGGGAAAUGAAGCCGUGCAGCAGAUUCUAAGUGAAAGUACACCUGUACGCACUUCCGAUGUUGACUACCGGCUCCUAGAGGCGUCCAAAGCAGGAGACUUGGAAACUGUGAAGCAACUUUGUAGCCCUCAGAAUGUGAACUGCCGAGAUUUAGAAGGCCGCCACUCGACCCCCCUUCACUUUGCUGCCGGCUACAACCGGGUGUCUGUGGUUGAGUUCCUCCUUCAUCACGGAGCAGACGUUCACGCCAAAGACAAGGGUGGCUUGGUGCCCCUCCACAAUGCCUGCUCCUAUGGCCACUAUGAGGUGGCAGAGCUCUUAGUGAGACACGGGGCGUCUGUCAAUGUCGCUGACCUGUGGAAGUUCACACCUCUGCAUGAAGCAGCCGCUAAAGGAAAAUAUGAGAUCUGUAAGCUUCUCUUAAAGCACGGAGCAGACCCAACUAAGAAGAACAGAGAUGGCAACACUCCGCUGGACUUGGUGAAGGAAGGAGACACUGACAUCCAGGACCUGCUCAGAGGAGACGCCGCCUUGUUGGAUGCCGCCAAGAAGGGCUGCCUGGCCCGAGUGCAGAAGCUGUGCUCACCGGAAAACAUCAACUGCAGAGACACGCAGGGCAGAAACUCGACCCCGCUGCAUCUGGCAGCAGGUUACAAUAACCUGGAAGUAGCCGAGUAUCUUUUGGAACAUGGAGCAGACGUUAACGCUCAAGACAAAGGAGGCCUUAUUCCUUUACAUAACGCUGCGUCAUAUGGGCACGUGGACAUCGCGGCUUUGCUGAUCAAAUACAAUACGUGUGUGAACGCCACAGAUAAAUGGGCCUUCACUCCGUUACAUGAAGCAGCCCAGAAAGGAAGAACGCAGCUGUGUGCCCUGCUGUUGGCGCACGGGGCAGAUCCAACCAUGAAGAAUCAAGAAGGACAGACGCCGUUAGACCUGGCAACGGCUGACGACAUCCGAGCUUUGCUGAUCGACGCCAUGCCCCCGGAGGCCUUACCUACGUGUUUCAAGCCCCAGGCUACUGUUGUGAGUGCCUCUCUCAUCUCCCCAGCUUCCACCCCGUCCUGCCUUUCUGCUGCGAGCAGCCUGGACAACCUCGCUGGCCCCUUGGCAGAACUAGCAGUAGGAGGGACUUCCAAUGCUGGGGAUGGAGCAGCGGGGGCACAGAGGAAAGAAGGGGAAGUGACAGGUCUUGACAUGAAUAUCAGCCAGUUCCUCAAAAGCCUGGGCCUUGAACACCUCCGGGAUAUAUUUGAAACAGAACAGAUAACCCUAGAUGUAUUGGCAGAUAUGGGUCAUGAAGAAUUGAAAGAAAUAGGCAUCAAUGCAUAUGGGCAUCGUCACAAAUUAAUCAAGGGGGUGGAAAGACUUUUAGGAGGGCAACAAGGCACCAAUCCUUACUUGACUUUUCACUGUGUUAAUCAGGGAACGAUCCUGUUAGACCUUGCUCCGGACGACAAGGAGUAUCAGUCGGUAGAGGAAGAGAUGCAGAGUACAAUCAGAGAACACAGAGACGGAGGUAAUGCUGGAGGCAUCUUCAACCGGUACAACGUCAUUAGGAUUCAGAAGGUUGUGAACAAGAAAUUACGGGAACGAUUCUGUCACAGACAGAAGGAGGUGUCAGAAGAGAAUCACAACCAUCACAAUGAACGCAUGCUGUUCCAUGGCUCUCCUUUCAUUAACGCCAUUAUUCACAAAGGAUUCGAUGAGAGACAUGCAUACAUAGGGGGCAUGUUUGGUGCUGGGAUUUAUUUUGCAGAGAAUUCUUCUAAAAGUAACCAGUAUGUUUAUGGAAUUGGAGGUGGUACUGGUUGUCCCACACACAAAGACAGGUCCUGUUACAUCUGUCACAGGCAAAUGCUUUUCUGUCGAGUGACUCUUGGGAAAUCCUUUCUCCAGUUCAGCACCAUGAAAAUGGCCCACGCGCCCCCCGGCCAUCACUCUGUUAUUGGCAGACCUAGUGUCAAUGGUCUCGCAUACGCAGAGUAUGUGAUCUACAGAGGAGAACAGGCCUACCCGGAGUAUCUCAUCACCUACCAGAUCAUGAAGCCGGACGCCCCCGCCCAGACGGCCACGACGGCGGAGCAGAAGACCUAGGAGGGCCCGGGCCGACGCCACAUGGGACUUAGACCUGAGACUGGAUUACAUGUGAUUGUUUCCCAAAACCAAGACACCCCAUAAAAAUCCUGACAGCCCAGAAA